CAGGUAUGAAAGAUGUGGAGUGUUUAGUCGUCUAUGGUUAAGAAUAGUGAGAGAGUUCGGGAGCUGUCCAUGGUGCUGCAAAUCUCUCUUUCCUAUAGACCUCUCUAAAAUAUUCUCCAAAUAUUCCUUUUAUAUGCUAAACAAAGAUUAUAUCUGUAAAUAAUGAGUUAUACGUCAGGAUUUCUGACAGCUUGAGUGAAUAUUGGCCCUGAAAAAUAUUUCUUAACAUCCCUUUCAUGGUUGAAAAACACUUUGAGGAACCAUCAGUUGUUUACCUAUAAAACCACUACAACAUGUAUAUCUAUUGUGUUUUUGGUCUUAUUAUUUAAUGGUGUUCUGUUGGUUCCCAUCUGCCAUAUAACAUCCAAAAAAUAAAACCCAAUAGGCUAUAUCGCCAUACACACCCAUAGUUUCCAUUAAACCCAUAUAACCAUUAAACAUAUUACAAAAUGUGAUGGUUUCUAUUGUUUUCUUCGGCUGGGAUUCACAUCUGUAAAAGUCAACAUCAUUGUAUUGAUCCACUCAGGCUGUUCGACCAGCAUCCGCCGAUAUCGGGCGCCGUAAUAAAUAAAUAAAUAAAGCGCGAGGAGAUGAUGUGCUGAUGUCAGGCGCGUGAGUGCUGCAUUCAUGCUGCAGGGUGGAUGUCUUCAUGAUCUGUUCCCGAUUCACACAUGCAAACCUGACGAGCAAGAUGGGGAUCGUCGUCAAACAUUGCGUGAUUAUAUCGGCGGUAUUAUUGCUUCUGAUCCCGUCGGCGAUCACCGGGAAAAGGGCGUUUAAAUGUCCGUACUCGUGCAGCUGCUCAAAGGAGUCGAUUAUCUGCGUCGGGUCUUCUUACGUCCCGAGAUACAUUCCCAACGAUGUCAGUUCACUGAGUAUUGUGAACGGGACCUUCUCUGAAGUCAAAGAGGCGAUGUUCGCUCACACCCCGUCCUUACAGUUACUGUUGCUUAACUCCAAUGCUCUCACUACAGUACGGGAUGAUGCAUUUUCUGGCCUUUCACACCUGGAGUACCUGUUUAUAGAAAACAACAAGAUUGAGACGGUAUCCAAAUACUCUUUUAGAGGACUCAGGGAUUUGACCCACCUGUCUUUGGCAAACAACAACCUUAAAGGUUUGCCACGAGAUCUAUUCAUAGAUCUGGAUUCAUUGAUAGAUCUAGAUCUGAGGGGUAAUAACUUCGAGUGUGACUGCAGAGCGAAGUGGUUGAUGUUGUGGCUGAAGAGCACUAAUGCCACCGUUUCAGACGUCCUCUGUGCCGGGCCUGAAGAGAUGAAAGGCAAACGGCUCAAUGACAUGGCAAGCUUACAUAAUGAGUGCGUCUCCCCCGAUUUUAUUCCUCUUCAAUCUGUGUCUACUGAGUCUUUGUCCAUCGACACGUUCUCCCACAAGAAAGAUGUGUAUGUGGCCAUCGCUGCUCCAAACAUCGAGAGCUGCAUGGUUCUCCAAUGGGACCACAUCGAAAUGAAUUUCAGGAGUUAUGACAACAUCACCGGUCAAUCCAUCGUUGCCUGCAAAUCCGUGAUCAUCCAGGACCAGGUUUUUGUCAUUGUUGCUCAGCUCUUUGGUGGUUCUCACAUCUAUAAGUUUGAUGAGGACCAAAGCAAGUUCUCCAAAUUCCAGGACAUUGAAGUUUCUAAAAUUUCCAAGCCGAACGACAUUGAGGCCUUCCAGAUUGGCAACGACUGGUUUUUCAUCAUCGCCGACAGCUCCAAAGCCGGUCUGUCCACCCUCUACAAAUGGAACGACAAGGGCUUCUACUCUUACCAGUCUCUUCACGAAUGGUUUCGGGAUACUGAUGCUGAGUUUGUCGAUUUGGACGGGAAGGCUCAUCUCAUCCUGGCGAGCCGUUCUCAAGUACCGGUUAUCUACCAGUGGAACAGGAGCACCCUGAAGUUUAAUUUACAGGGAGAGAUUCCCAACAUGGAAGACGUGGUUGCCGUCAAGGCCUUCCGGAUCAAAGAGGAGCUGUAUCUGGCCAUGACACGAUACAUCGGGGACUCAAAGGUCUUGCAUUGGACCGCUAAGGAUUUCUCCGAGGUGCAGGCACUUCCUUCAAGAGGGUCCAUGAUCCUGCAACCGUUUACCUUCAAGGAGAGAUACUACCUGGCUCUAGGAAGCGACUACACGUUCUCACAAAUCUAUCUGUGGGAUGACGAAACAAAGAUUUUUGAGCGAUUCAAGGAAGUCUACAUCCAGGCUCCACGUUCCUUCACUGUGGUCUCCACCGACCGGAGGGACUUCAUAUUCGCUUCCAGUUUCAAGGGGAGCACGCAGAUCUUUGAGCAUAUCAUCAUCGAUCUGAGUCUUUAAAUGCUGUUCUGGACACGGUCUCAUAUUUUUUGGGUGUAUGUUAUGGGGUCCGGGAAGAAAAGUGAAUUUGACAUUAUCAGGUUCACAGAAAUAAUUAUAUGCCUAUUACGCGUCAUAUGUAGUUUUAUAUUGAUUCUGGGUUUAAAUUUAAAUUUGGGUUGCGAUGUAUUGGAAUUGCUUUGUAUGUAUAACAAUUCCUCGACUCCACUAACUGAAAAAUAUUGCAGAACGUGUGGAGGAUAGAUUGCUUAAAAGACUUGCAUUUGUCACCUGUAACUAUCAAAAUCUCUCCUUUCUUCUUAACAUUUCAAAACUCUGCUGUGAUGCAUGAUAUGGCUGCAAAAAGGCAUGUAUACAACGUUUGAAAUAUAGAUACGAGUGACAAAUGCAAUUCUUUAAACUUCUAUUGUAACCACUCCAAGUGAAGGGGGUGCUGAUAACACCAUUCUUCUAAAUAUCUUCUUUUGUGUUCUGCGGAAGAAAGAGUGUCAUACAGAUUGGAAAUGACAAGAGGGUUAGUAAAUGACGACAGAAUUUUCAUUCUGAAGGUGAACUUAUCUUUUAAGUAACAUUAAAAACCUUAGCAGGAAUAUAUUUCCUUUAUAGUUUCAACGUCUUGAGGAUCACAUCUGGUGAACAGAUAGCUCAGUAAUGAUAAUAGUCAGUUGAAAUAGGCAACUUUAUCAUCUUUUAAGAGUAUAAUAAAUCAAAACUUCAUGUUUAGUGUUCUUGUAACUUAGUCAAUCUUGCAACUACAUGAAAUGUUUGGUAAAGCUUAAACUUGUCCAGGAAAAAAUUCACUCUAAAAUCAAAAGAAAAACAAUGUUGCACGUUUAGAAAAUGAGGCCUGGUGGAAGGAACAUUAAGAUGCGCUUUUAUGACAAUAUUCUGGAUUAAGCAACCCCUUGCACCCCAAUAUUGUCGCUAUUACUUGUUGAUUUAUCAUGUUUCUUAAAUGCUAUACUUUAGUUGUCCUGCUUUCUUUUUUUGGAGUGAGAAUUGACUUGGACAUGUUCGUAACAGGACUGACAGCAAGACGUUUAUGCUUAAAAUACAGGGAAAACAUCAAAAGCACAAGCUUUUAAAACGAUCGUACAUGUUACUAGAAAUUGUAUCUUGCAGAUUUAAUCAAACGUUAACCCUAAAAUGCAGGUGUUAAAUCAGUUUUCGAUUAGAGAGUUCUGUUUAAUUCAAUGAAUGUAAAUAACUAUUGUACUAGUGGAAAAAAUGUUGAAUGUCUGCCUUUUUUGAUUGAAGGUGUAUUCAAUUAAGUACUUUCAUUUUCUUGCUGUUUUGCAAGAUGGAAUACAACAAAACUCUAUAAAAAAAGAUGGAGCCUGCAAAAGCAUGAGAUUCAGCUCUUUCUCUUUAAUAACAUUUAAAUCUAAAAACAAAACAAAAGGUUACUUAUUCAUUUCAGUUUUAGCAUAAUGUAAUAAAAAUAUGAUUAUUUACUAAUUAUUUUAAUUUUUGAAAUCAUUGUACUUAUUUUUAUUAUUUGUUGAAUGGUAGUCAUACGUUUUUGAAUACUAAUGUAAAUAAAUGCUUAUGAACAUUGACUAUUGUUCUUAUGAUUAAUAUUUAUAUGUUUAUAAUUUAUCAAAUAAAAAUAAAACAAGAUAUUUGUAUUAUACUAUUAAACAAUAUUACUAAA